AUGCACAUUCCUCAAACCACAACUGUAACAACUUUAGCUCCAACUGUUUCAACUAACACUGUACCCAUGUUCGUAACCAAAUACCAUAAAGAACAACGUUAUAACUUUCAACAGAAUAACAAUAAUAACAACUACAAUCAUAAAUUGCAAAGAACUAAAUCAAAAAUGGAUUUACCACAACAGCAGCAACAAACAACAUUAAAUAAUGUAUAUAUCGGUGCAACAUCAACAUUAUGGAAUACACAGCAACAACAUCAACAGGAUCGUUAUAGUGGUGUCAGAGAGCAUUAUAGUCAUCAAGAUAUAAGUGACUAA